AUACGAGUUUUAAAUGUUUAAACUGUCAGACCAGAAGAGGCUGACUGGUCCCAGUUCAUUCCCACCAGAUGGAUGUUUAUCCAUCCAACCGUUUAUCCAUCCAACCAUCCUUCCUCUUUAUUCCCUGUUCUGGACCUGCUUGUUGUGACUCAGUGACCUGUAGGAGGCGCUGUGACCUCCUGGUGUGUUUGGGUCAGACUGGUGGUUAGUUCACUGACCUCCAGUCCCAGACCUUCCUCCUCCUCCUCCUCUGAUCCAGAACUCCUCCUCUUCCUCCCUGUGUUAAACCUUCCCUCUAUGCUGCAGUUUAGCUGCAGGAAGAUCAGAGCCCAGUAACCUGUUCUGGGUGUGAUGGGGUAUCAGAGGGGCAUCUGGAGGAGCCUGUCAGGAGGAGGAGGAGGAAGAGCAGCUGCUGUGGUCAGGUGUUCCUGCUCAGAGCAGAAGGUGACGAUCUGCUUCAGGAGCGCCUCGGACGGCCGGCCGCUGCGCCGGAUCGAGUCGCCUCGCCUUUCCAUCGCCUCCAUCAGCAGCGAUGAGCGCGCUCCGUCGGCCACGCCCUCUGACCCCUCCGACCCGCCGGCGUCGGGCCAGCGCCCGCUCAGCCUGAUCUCCACGCUGUCCUCCGGGUCCGGGUCCUCCAGGGACGACUACGUCGCCCCGCCGCCGGAGUCCGAGGCGUCCUCUGGAGUGGACCUGAACCAGAACCCGAGUCCUGAGAAAAGGGGGCGGAGCUUUGUCCACAACAAUAACAACAACAACAAAGCGUCGACUCCGAGCCGAGCGUCCAGCCGCCGGCAGCCGGCGCUGCCCUUCGUGGGCGCAACCAUGGUGCCCGACCCCAAGCUGAAGUAUCUGGACCGCAUCGUCAUGGAGAUCAUCGAAACGGAGCGGAUGUACGUCAGAGACCUGAAGAUCAUCGUGGAGGAUUACCUCGCUCACGUCAUCGACGAGUCGGACCUGUCCAACCAACCCAAGCUGGUCUGCGACCUUUUCGGGAACAUCGAGGACAUCUACGAGUUCAACAGCGAGCUGCUGCAGGACCUGGAGCGAUGCGACAACGACCCCGUCGCCAUCGCCAGCUGCUUCGUGUCAAAGAGUGAAGACUUCGAUAUCUACACCCAGUACUGCACCAGCUACCCAGAGUCGGUGGAAGCGCUGACGAAGUGCAUGAACAAUAUAUCUGUGGCCAAGUUUUUCCGGGACCGCCAGGCGUCGCUGAAACAUUCACUGCCUCUGGGCUCCUACCUUCUCAAACCCGUCCAGAGGAUCCUCAAGUAUCACCUGCUGCUCCAGGAGAUCGCGAAGCACUUUGGGCCUCAGAAGGAGGGCUACGAUGUGGUGGAGGAGGCGCUCUACACCAUGACCUGGGUGGCCUGGUACAUCAACGACAUGAAGAGGAAACACGAGCACGCCGUGCGGCUGCAGGAGGUCCAGUCUCUGCUGGUGAACUGGAAAGGUCCGGACCUCACCACGUACGGCGAACUGGUGCUGGAGGGAACCUUCAAGGUUCCCCGGGCCCGACACGAGCGCACGCUCUUCCUGUUCGACCGCAUGCUGCUCAUCACCAAGCGCCGCGGCGAGCACUUCGUCUACAAGACGCACAUCUCUUCGUCGACGCUGCUGCUGAUCGAGAGCGCCAAGGAUUCGCUGAGCUUCAGCGUCAGCCAUUACAAACACCUCAAACAGACUCACAACGUGCAGGCGAAGACGGUGGAAGAAAAGAAGCUUUGGGCUCAUCACAUCAAACGCAUCAUUUUGGAAAACCACCAAGCGGCCAUCCCACAGAAGGCGAAGGAAGCCAUUCUGGAGAUGGACUCCAUCGGUCCGGCCCGGUACCGCUACAGCCCCGAGCGGCUGAAGAAAACCGCGACGGACGAGUUUCCCCGAGACGCUCGCCAGGGCCGCAGGCAGUCGGAACCAACCAAGCAGAUGCUAAAGAGGAAUAAAGCGCCUCUGGAGCAUGCGGUCAGUGAGGACGCGCUGGCGGGCGACGGGCGCUCCCUGCAGGGCGCCAUCAGCAGCAGCACGCUGGGCUCCAGCAGCCUGGGCGAGCCGGACGGCGGCGAGGACGAGGCCGGCCGGCUGGACGACUUCCUCCUGGAGGACGAGCAGGUAGAGGACUUUGUCAGCUCCGUGCUGGCUGCCAUCUCCUGCUGGCAACACACCGUCCAGGCCUUCCUUUCCUCUGCGGGGACGGAGGCAGAGAAAAGUUGCAACGCCGCAACCAAAGAAAACGGUCAGCUCUCUGAAGACGAGCUGAUCGGACCUGAACCGACACCUGAGCAGUCUCCAGAUGCUUUGCCUCAAGAGAACCAGUUGGAAAAACCAGAGGACUCUGAACCAGAACCGUCCGCUGGUUCGGAUCCUUCUGUAGUCCCUGAGGUUCCUCAGAUGUCUGAAGAUCUGCAGCCUGAUGAAGAUCCAGAGCCUGCUGAGCUACCGUCGUCUGUCACAUUUGAUUCUGACUCCAAGACCCUGAGCAGCGCCGAGUCCUCAGAGGAGGAGGACGAGAGGGAGGCGGUGGAUGACGAGUCCAGUUCUCCCAGUAUCCUGCCGUCCUCUGUGCUGGACAAGGCCAGCGCCAUCGCUCAGCACUUUAACAGCAUCAAGAGAGGCAGCCUGGCCCAAGAUGAUGCCCGCUCCCUCGCCUGUCUGUCCCCUCGUUUACCCAGCAGGACCGGCAGCAUGCUCAGCCUGAGGUCCGAGUCGGCCGACCGCCCGCUGCGCCUCAACAGCAACUCCUCCGAUCCGCCCGAGGCGUUUGGCGGAGCGGACCUCAGUCUGAUGUCCCCCAGAGACGACAGCCUCUUUGAGCCGGACCGCAGCGUGCGGCGGAGGCGGGACUCCACCCUGUCCAAGCAGGACCAGCUGCUCAUCGGGAAAAUCAAGAGCUACUACGAGAACGCCGAGAACCAGGACGCCUCGUUCGGCCUGCGGCGCAGGGAGAGCCUGACCUACAUCCCAUCAGGCCUGGUCCGGAGCUCCGUCAGCCGCUUCGACAGCAUCCCCAGAGUAGAGACGGCCCAGUCCAAUCCUCCUGCUUCAAACAGGCCUCAGGAUCUGGAUCCUCUGUCCACUGAACCGACUGAGACUAAGGACCGCUUGGUCUCCAGUCAGUCUUUGGAUUCGUUGAGGUCCGAUCUGUUGAGCGGUGACUGUGAAGAACCGCACAGGUUCCGGCCGACACACUAUGAUCUGUCAGAGGAAGAGUUCAGAUCUUCAUCGGAGAUGAUUAAGAUCUGGCAGGCGAUGGAGCGACAGAUCUCCAGAUCCCAAAGUGAAGACAGGGAAUCCAGUAGAUCCAGAGAGACUGUGAAACCCUCCAUCUCCGCCGGCGUCAGCAGCUUAACCCGGACCAAGAGCUGCGACCCUGACCUGGGAAACUCCGACCUCAGCCCCGUCACAGAGGACUCGCUGCCAAAGACCAGAACCGCAGCGCUCAGCCGGGCCGGAAGUCAGACCAGCACCUCCAGAUGCUUCGGGGAACAGACGGUGACGCUGCGAGCCACGGUUCCCCGGGUGGCGCAGCUGAGGGCGGAGGCCGGCGGCGACAAACCCACGGAGGAGACGGAGCAAACGGACGAGGUGGACAGAGCCGAGAGCAAAGUCCGUCUUCUGGCUCGUCGCUACAGCCAGCGGAUCAGAACCUCCGGUCCGGUGGUUCGACAGCGGAGUCCGGCCGGCCCGUUCAACAGGAAGACUCUGGCUUGUGUGGUGGAGGAGAAGGAAGGCUCAGGGAAGCCCAGCCUGACUCUGCCUCUGGGUCCUAAGGUCCAGUCCAAGUCUCUGCCGCUGAGCCCGGUGGACCCGGUCCAGAACCCGGACGCCGGUGCUCCAGACCACGCCCCUCUCAGCCCGCCGCCCACCGAGGGCUUCAGCUGGCCCGACGUGCGGAAACUCCGCUCCAGAUACUCCAGCGGCGGCGGCCGGAACCAGAACCGGCCCAUGAGCCGCAGCAGCACCAUCCCGGACCGCAUGUUGGACGGCGGCCUCAGGAGGCACUCCAGCGGAUCUCCUGGUCAUCUCCAUGACGACGGCGCGCCAUCAGGCCAACCCCGCGGCGGGCAGGUCGCGGCGCGGGACGAGCGAUCCAGACGGCUCCACAGGGCCAACUCUCUGGACCCGCGGCUCAGCCUGCAGCAGCUGGGCGAUCUGCAGUGGAUCCGGCAGGCUCGCAGCCCCGUGGACGACGGUUACUACAUCGCCGCCGAGGCGCCGCUCACAGACGACCCGGAACACAAGAUCAUCAUCGUGGAGAAGCUUCCAGAACCCGGAAACAGGGAACCGGUAGAGGACGAUGGAUACGUCCAGAUCCGCUCGCCGACCAGCCGGGAGAAGAUCUCCAUCAUGGCCGUCAUCGACCGUUGCCGUGCCUACCAGGAGUCCGACGACUACAGGCUGAGGGACGACGCCAAGACGGCGCCGCCGCCGCCUUCAGAGCAGGACGAGUCGCAGAAAACCCGACCCGACUCCGGGCAGGGCGGUCAGAAGAGCAUCGUGAAAAACCUGAGGGAAAGGUUUCAGAGCCAAACCUGAAAAACCUGGAGAACCUGGAAAACCUGGAGAACCUUGGGGUUUUCCAGAAGCACCAAAGUUUCCCUGAAGGUUUUCCCUCAGAGUCAAACAUCAGAAUCCGACCAAAUCGACCAGCGCCGUCGGCUCGACUCCUUCAGCGUCUCCGUUGCUGCUUCGCUCCUGUAACGUCUGGAACCUUCAGGAGGUUCUGGCAGAACUUCUCAUCUGUAAAUACUUUUCCUCCGGGUUCGUUCCUGCCGUACGACCUUUGAACCCUGUGGAAACGCCAGCGGGUCGCUGUGGUUCUGCUUAACGCCGCUGAACCGAACCUUUUCUCAUCACAAAGAUUCAGGACAGGAUCCGUCAAAAAUACCCAUCAUGCUCCUCGUUGCUAUGGAAACGUCUUGAACCGGGUCGAUGGAUUUGUUGUUUAGGUUUUCGGCUCCAGUAGUUUUUCAGAAAAAACAUAAAAUAAAAACUCUUAUGCGGCAGAGGAUUAAAGUCAAACCGAGAUUUUAUUUUUUUAUUACGAGAAUAAAAUUACUAGAGAAAAGUUUCCUGAAGCAAACGUCCGAUAAACAUCCAGAUGUGAUUCUUCUCUUUUCAAAGUUCAGCUUCUGGAAAUAAUCUCUUAAUUAUGACUUUAUUCUCGUAUUAUUGACCUUUUUCUCCUAUUUUUGCGAUUUUAUUCUCAUAAUGACAUUUAUUCCAACUUUUUUUCUCGUAGUUAAUUUUUUUAGCUCGUCUCUGAUGCUCUGAUACUUGGAGUUUCUUCAUCCUCCUCCUCAUCCUCACUGUGUCCAACCUGGAAUAAAACUUCAGAAAAUUCCAGCUAAAUUAACCAAAUAUUAUACAGGGUGUAUGUAUAUUUAUGAGCCUCAGAAAUGAAUUGUAAAUUGAAAUGAAUAAUUCUAGAUGCUGAUGAUGAUCAGGCAUUUUAACUCUGGGCUGCAUGCAAUAAAUGAGUUUGUAGAUGAUUUAACUAGGACAAUAAAGAAUAAACAGAAUAUUUUAAGAGAAAAAAUAUGUAAAUUUAUAAUAAAUAUAAUUAAAAUGAUUUAUUUUGCUGCUUCUGAUCUAACUUACUGUUUUUACAUGUUGUGCCUUUUUGUGAUUUUAUUCCAAAUCAGUUUGAACUUUUAAUUUGUCCCUGAAGCGUCUUUGCUCAGAGGUGACCUCUGACCUCCACAGUCCACCACUGUAACUCCUCAUAUUUAUUGGAUCUCAUGUAAAUGGAAACGUUUGUGUGUCUGUUAACGUCGGUGGACGUUUUUAUCUGUGACGAUGCCAACAUGAAACAUUAAACUGAGACAAACGACGA